UCAGCAGGCGUUUUGCAGAUCUCUCCUCCAGCGCGGUUGCAGUUUUGAGAUGAACGAGUGAAGUAAAUGAUGAUGUUUUUGUUUUAAAGCGCGUUAUUAAAUGUUUGCGGGAGAAAUGUCUAUGACGGGGAGGACGGGACCGAGUGCGGCGGAAUUACCGCUAUUUCCACACUUUUCCGAAUAAUAAUACCACAGUUAACAUAGGCAGCUUUGGAUUUUUAAUCACAACAUCUCCUCCCUUCGCGUCUUUAUCGCCGAUACAGUCGUCAGUCACAUUUUAUAUACAUUUUUUUACAUCUCGAAAAAAAGCAACCGCCACUGUUGUGUGUGGGGAAAAAUUAAGAAUACAAAAAAAAAAUCGGAUUUCGUACGAUAUUGGCCGUUCGUAGUGUAGGAUUGUUCGGUGUGAGAAGUGGGCAACUUCGGCUGUUUUUCUUUAGGAUGUCUCGCCGCAAGCAAGCCAAACCAAGAUCUCUGAGAGUAGAAGAAAAUGAGACAGAAGACCAGCUUGCUGCGGCAGGACACUGUGGCACCGAGACCGAUUCGGACGGCAAACUAGGGAGGCCUGCGGAGGAUGGCGAGGAAGGCGGUCUGAAGAGCGGGCCGGUUCCUCUGGAGGAGCGGGAGGAGGAGGAGGCCGACGAGGAGGCGCUGCACAGCUGCGACGGCUGCCUGCAGGUGUUCGAGUCGCUGAGCGAUCUCACCGAACACAAGAUUAAUCAAUGCCAGCUGACAGACGGGGCUGAUAUUGAGGAUGACCCUUCGUGCUCUUGGCCAGCAUCUUCACCAUCCAGUAAAGACCAGACGUCCCCAGGCCACGGAGACGGAUAUGACUUUGGGGAAGAGGAAGGGGUCCCAGGAUUGCCGUACCCCUGCCAGUUCUGUGACAAAUCUUUCAGCCGCCUCAGCUUCCUGAAGCACCACGAGCAGAGCCACAGCGACAAGCUGCCCUUCAAGUGCACCUUUUGCAGCCGCCUCUUCAAGCACAAGCGCAGCCGCGACCGGCACGUCAAGCUGCACACGGGUGACAAGAAGUACCACUGCAGCGAGUGCGACGCCGCCUUCUCCCGCAGUGACCACCUCAAGAUCCACCUGAAGACUCACACAUCGAACAAGCCAUACAAGUGUGCUGUCUGCCGACGAGGCUUCCUGUCCUCCAGCUCUCUACACGGCCACAUGCAGGUCCACGAGCGGGCCAAGGACGGUGGCCAGGGCCUGUCUGGGGUGGACGACUGGAAGCUAAAGGAGACCCAGAAGUGUGGCCGGUGUGAAGAGGGGUUUGACAUCCCAGAGGAGCUACAGAAACACAUCGCUGAGUGCCAUCCUGAGUGCUCCCCGCCUCAGGAGAGGGGUGCCCUGCAGUGCAUCUACUGCCACGAGCCAUUCGCCGAGGAGGGCCCUCUACUAAGCCACAUCGACCAGGCUCACAACAGAGACAAGAAGGGCCACACUUGCGCCAUCUGCUCCGAGCAUUUCCACGCAGUGGAGGAGCUCUACAACCACAUGGAUAUCCACCAGCAGCCAGAAUCCAGUAACCAUAGCAACAGUCCUUCCCUUGUGACGGUGGGCUACACCUCCGUUUCCAGCACCACUCCGGAUUCAAACCUCUCAGUCGACAGCUCAACCAUGGUGGACGUGGCGCCGCCUUUGCCAAAAACUCGUGGGAGGAAGAGAGCGGCGCAACACACGGCCGACAUUACUGGGUUGUCCUCUAAACAAGCCAAAAUCUCCUACAGCUGCAUCUACUGCAACAAGCAAGUGUUUUCUAGCCUGGCUGUUUUACAGAUACAUCUCAAGACUAUGCACCUGGAUAAACCUGAGCAGGCUCACACCUGCCAAUACUGCUUUGAGGUUCUGCCCUCCCUGUACAACCUUAAUGAGCACUUGAAGCAGGUACACGACAACCAGGACCACAGCGCCUUGAUAGGCAGCAUGCCCUCUGCGGUCCUACAGUGCAACUUCUGUCCUGAGGUGCUAAGUGAUCUCAAUGGCUUGCAGGAACACAUCCGCUGUUCACAUGGCUUUCCCAGUCCACUAGCCAAAGAGAGCAAUGCCUUCUUCUGCCCUCAGUGCUUCAUGGGUUUCCUGACCGAGACCACGUUGGAGGAGCAUAUCCGUCAAACGCACUGUGAUGGCGGCAGCACGCACUUUGACUCUCCAUUAGCUGGGACACCCAAGGACCCCAUUAUGGAGGUGUAUUCCUGUUCAUACUGCACUAACUCUCCCAUAUUCAACAGCAUAUUGAAGCUGAACAAGCAUAUCAAAGAGAACCACAAGAAUAUACCUCUUGCACUUAAUUAUGUCAACAAUGGGAAGAAGUCAAACCGAACUCUGAGUCCUUCAUCCCCAGUGUCCAUAGACCAAGCAAACAUUAAAGUAGGACAAAGUGGUUCCUCAUCUCGCUCAACCAGUGAAUUCAUUUGUAAUCAGUGUGGUGCCAAGUACUCUAAUUUGGAUUUAUUUCAGACGCACCUGAAAACACACCUUGACAGCGUCCUUCCGAAGCUGACCUGUCCACAGUGCAACAAGGAGUUCCCAAACCAGGAGUCAUUGCUGAAACACGUCACCAUCCACUUCAUGAUCACAUCAACCUAUUACAUCUGUGAGAGCUGUGACAAGCAAUUCACAUCAGUGGAUGACCUGCAGAAGCAUUUGCUUGACAUGCACACCUUUGUGUUCUUCCGAUGCACUCUGUGUCAAGAGGUCUUUGAUUCAAAGGUUUCCAUCCAGCUACACCUGGCUGUGAAGCACAGCAAUGAGAAGAAGGUGUAUCGGUGCACCUCCUGUAACUGGGACUUCCGUCAUGAGACAGACCUACAGCUGCAUGUCAAGCACAACCACUUGGAAAACCAGGGCAAGGUGCAUAAGUGUAUUUUCUGCGGGGAGUCAUUUGGUACAGAAGUAGAGCUGCAGUGUCACAUCACCACUCACAGCAAGAAGUACAACUGCCGGUUCUGCAGCAAGGCCUUCCAUGCCAUCAUUUUGCUGGAGAAGCACCUUCGAGAGAAGCACUGUGUCUUCGAGGGAAAGUCGCAAAAUUGCGGCGCCAACGGGGCCACUGCCAGUGCAGAGUCAGUCCCCAAGGAUGACACGGAGCUGCAGGGACUCCUGGCCAACAGCCACGAGUCCCAAAACAGCCAUGAUGGCAGCGAGGAGGACGUGGACGCCUCUGAGCCCAUGUACGGUUGUGACAUCUGCGGUGCUGCCUAUACUAUGGACUCUCUACUCACCAACCACCAGCUGCGCGACCACAACAUCAGGCCAGGUGAGAGUGCCAUGGUGAAGAGAAAGGCAGAAAUGAUCAAGGGAAAUUAUAAGUGCAAUGUCUGCUCCCGCACCUUCUUCUCCGAGGCAGGUCUGAGGGAACACAUGCAGACCCACCUUGGACCCGUCAAGCACUACAUGUGCCCCAUCUGUGGAGAACGCUUCCCUUCCCUCCUCACCCUCACCGAGCACAAGGUCACCCACAGCAAAAGCUUGGACACAGGGAACUGCAGGAUAUGUAAGAUGCCGCUGCAGAGUGAGGAGGACUUCUUGGAGCACUGCCAAAUGCACCCAGACCUGAGGAACUCUCUCACAGGCUUCCGUUGUGUGGUUUGCAUGCAAACGGUGACAUCCACUCUAGAACUCAAGAUCCACGGCACCUUCCACAUGCAGAAGACGGGCACCAUGUCUAGCAAUCACCCAGUUGGCCGUGUCCACCACCCCCAGAAGCUCUACAAGUGUGCCUCCUGUCUGAAAGAGUUCCGUUCCAAGCAAGAUCUGGUCAAGCUUGACAUCAACGGACUACCCUACGGGCUCUGUGCCUCCUGCGUCAGUGGUGCCGGCAGCAAGAGUUCCAGCCCUGCGGUGAAUGGCAGUAAGCAGCAGUCGGCAGUGGCAAUGGUGGCGGGCACUCCAGGAGAGACCCUCAGCCCUAGUGAGAGCAAAGGCAAGGGGGCCUCCUCCAAGACGCGGUGCUCCAGCUGCAAUGUGAAGUUUGAAUCGGAGGCAGAGCUGCAGAACCACGUCCUCUCCGUGCACAGAGACACAGCGGGGGAGAGCAACAGCACUCACCUCAGAACACCGCAAGUUUCGCCCAUGCCAAGAGUGAGUCCUUUACAGACUGAAGAGAAGAAGACCUACCAGUGCAUUAAGUGUCAGAUGGUCUUCUACAGUGAGUGGGACAUUCAGGUCCAUGUUGCAAAUCACAUGCUGGAGGAGGGUCUGAACCACGAGUGCAAGCUCUGCAGCCAGACGUUCGACUCCCCAGCUAAGCUGCAGUGCCACCUGAUCGAGCACAGUUUCGAGGGAAUGGGCGGCACGUUCAAGUGUCCCGUCUGUUUCACAGUGUUUGUCCAGGCCAGCAAGCUGCAGCAGCACAUCUUCUCCGCUCACGGACAGGAGGACAAGAUCUAUGACUGCUCCCAGUGCCCUCAGAAGUUCUUCUUCCAGACAGAACUCCAGAACCACACAAUGAGCCAACACAGCAGCUAACGUGGCAGACGUCACUUUGGGACGGUAGCUCGGCGGUGAAGAAAUUGGAAAAAGGGGAAAAGAAAAAAAAAAAAAAAAAACGACAAGUGUCAAGCUUCAGCGUGGUCUCCUUACUUAUUCUUUGCACGGAACUUUCAUUGCAGUUGUACACAAUAAGAGAAAUCAUGUAUGGUAACAAAAACUUUAUCUUGAAAAGAAAAGAAGAUGGAACAGAAAUUCUUUGGACAGUAUGUAUUUGAGUUUUUAAGCAUAAGGGUGAGGUAAUUGUAAAUAGUGUCACUUCAUGCGUUGUUAAAGUCGGGCUGCCGAGCCCUUUUUACAGCACCCAGUGUUGAAACCCUGCCUCAGAGAGGAUGGAGAGGAUUUCACACGCCAGUGAUCAAUGGGGCAAAGGGCAGCAACUGGCCGCUAAACUUCAAGAAGAGCAGAGGCCAUUCCCUAUCCAUGUUCAUUAGUCCGCUUUGGCUGGACAUCACGUUCUUCGAAGACGCGCCCGUCGGCAACUCGGAGUGCUUUGAUGCGCCGCUUCGUGGCCAAGAUCUCCAGAUAGCCCCGCAAAAGCAGCGCUGUCGACCUCAUGCAUAAAUCUCAUUAUUGCAGGAAGGAGGAGACCAGAUCAGAAAUAUGGAUUAUUUAAUGUGCUCUGCUUGUGUGCAGAGUUCAAACAAAAAAACCAUUCUCAUAUAUGCAAUGGUGAUGACACAGAUUGGAAACACAUCCUUCCUGGUGGAAGCCGAAUGACACUUAAACCUCCUUUAAUAACCCCGGCACAGAGGAACCUCCCAGUGAAUUAAAUCAGCCUCUGUGUUACUGUUAUUAAUGUUUACUCUCUAGCCAGAACCUGGAGAUUACUGGAAUUGUUUUUGCAAUAGGAAAUAAAUCCAAUUUACCUUCAGGUACUAGAGUGUGCUUUUAUUUCCCCCUCUUCGUUUUGAUUAUGUAAUUACAAAACUCUGUCCUCCUUUGCACUCCCAGAUUUUGUUCUAGUCCUCUGCUCUCUUGGCUAUUGUGACAUUCCAUUUCUCCUUUAAAGCUGUAAGCUCCGAGCUGAGAUAUUGCAUUCCAUUAUUUAAGAUUUUACUAUUAUUUGAACUUGAGACGCACUUUUGUAUGGAGAAAUAAUGUGACAUUUUGAAAUCUGUUCAUUUUCGGAUAACUGGAACUAUCCUUUCCGGCAGGACUUUGGA